AAGCUUCUUUAAAUUUAUCGUUCAUUUGUUAACGGGAAAGUGUGAACUUCUUAGGCUAGCCAAUUACUCAUGUUGUGCUUCGCAACGCACUCAUAUGAUAGAAUAUUCACUUCGACACUCAAAAAAUGAAAAACUUCGUUCCUCAGUUUUAUGGAGUCCAAAUUUCAAUUUAGACUCUUUCAUUAGAGACGUUAUAAUCAUCAAGAAUGUGUCAGAACAGUACCGGGCAAUCUUUAAGAAUAUUAUGGACUUGACAUUUCACCAACUUCAUGGAUAUCAAAUGCUAUGUAACGCAUUAGAAAAAAAACGCUCUACAACCUAUUCCAAAGAUGAUCCUAAUCACGAAGAGACUCUGAUUAAAUUAUGGAAGCUUCUUUACCCAGAUGUGCCAUUGAAAAAUAGGAUAUCUAAGCAAUGGUGUGAAAUAGGAUUUCAAGGCGAUGAUCCUGCUUCUGAUUUCCGAGGAAUGGGUUUGCUGGGAUUAGAGACCAUGAUGUGGUUGGAUGAUCUACAUGAUUUUACAGAUUUUUCUGUGAAAGGCACAUGGAUAAGGCGAUUAGUUUUAUUUCGGCUUCAAAUCACCCAUCAAGGGGGUAGAUAUCCCUAUGCUCUUGUCAGCAUAAAUAUCACUCAGAUGGCCUAUACAUUUCUUCUUGAUGGUACCCUCAAAAAUCGUUUUUACAAUACGAUCCGUGGAGCUCCUAGUACUGAGGACUUUUACGAUAUA